AGACUCAUCCUGAGCCAUGCUGCUGCUGCUGUGAGCUGCUGCUAGACCUCUGACCACCUGGACAAGAGCAGAAAACAUUUAUCAACAGAACAGGCAAGCUGUGCAAAAAGAUGGCGGCUUCCCUGCUGAGAAUAGGACGACUGGGCUGUGUCAAGUGUUUGCAGGCUGAGAGCUGGAGUACUCUGUGCAGAGCGCCUGCAGCUGCAGCUUACAGCUCAAAGUCCGGCGGAUCCAAGAAGUCCUCAAAAAAGAGCUCAGACAAAAACCAGGGUAAAACAUACUUCGAUAUAGAGAAACUUGUCCAGCACAAGGUGUAUGAUAUUCCCAAGAAAGAUGUUUCCUCAGCAGCUGCUGCCACUGCAGCAGCACAAGCCGCAGCGCCUUCACCCUCUGCUGCUGCACUGGAGGCUGUGGUAGCCUCACCCAUUGCCGAAGCCGCACCAGUAGUUGAGGCCGUUGCCGAAGCCGCACCAGUAGUUGGGGCCGUUGCCGAAGCCGCACCAGUAAUUGAGGCCGUUGCCGAAGCUGCACCAGUUGCCGAGGCAGUUGCCGAAGCCGCACCAGUUGCCGAAGCCGCACCAGUUGCCGAGGCAGUUGCCGAAGCCGCACCAGUUGCCGAGGCAGCCGCACCAGUUGCCGAAGCCGCACCAGUUGCCGAAGCCGCACCAGUUGCCGAGGCCGCACCAGUUGCCGAGGCCGCACCAGUUGCCGAAGCCGCACCAGUUGCAGAGGCCGUUGCCGAAGCCGCACCAGUUGCAGAGGCCGUUGCCGAAGCCGCACCAGUUGCAGAGGCCGUCGUAGAAGCCGUUGCCGAAGCUGUGGUGGAGGCUGUUGCAGAAGCUGCUGAACCUGUUAUCGAGGCGGUUGCUGAAGUUGUCACAGAAGCAGCACCAAUGGUUGAGGCUGUGGCUGAAGUUAUUGCAGAAGUUGCUGAAGCUGCCCCUGCUGCUGAGGCUGCGGCCGAAGUUUCUGCCCCCGUGGACAGCACUGAGGAGCUGGUGGACCCCACUCCAGUCGUAGCUGAAGCUGCAGGAGAGGAGUUGCAGGCCGAGGCCCCGGCUGAACCAGCUGUACCAGUCGAACCGUCUGAGGCUCAAAUUGACCCGAUUCAGAAGCUUUUCCUGGACUCCAUACGCGAGUACGCCACGAAGAGCGAUGCUUCUGGGGGUCUGGUCGAUGCAGGUUCAGAGUACCAGAAGGCCUUAGCAGAGGAGGUGGCGAAGCUCCAGAGACUCUACGGUGGUGGAGACCUCACAUCUUUCCCAGAGUUCCAAUUCCCAGAACCCAAGUUUGAUGAAGUUUCCCAGAAGUGAACCUCAGCAACUGAACUUUUCUACUAUCGCCUUUUUUCCUUUCCUUUAUCUGUGUGGCUCCAUAGAGGAACAAUAACAGUCUGCUUACUGUCAACAAACCUUUUUACCUCUGCUCUGUAUGUUUCUGUAGCUACAUGUGUCAUGGGGAUGAUGGAAGCGCCUGAUAACGCAUUAGAUGUAGGCUUUUUUGGCUGACAGAGUGAAUUUUAGAGCUGUUAAAUAUGCUUUGUAUAGAAUAAUAGCUGAAUG